AAAUUAGAAACUUGUGGUCGUUUUGAUGACAACUUGCUAAGCAGUGCUGUAUUCAAUGAAAUAUAUAUAUAUAAUUAUUAAUGUAAGUCGGUAUUUAACUGAUAGCAAAAGGUAAACAAGUUAUAACACAAGUUUAAGAACAAUGACUUUUAUACCUAAUUGGGAGGAAUUUGAGAAAUCGGCUGAGAUGUUAUAUCUAAGGGAUCCCAUGAAUACUCGAUACACUAUCAAAUAUUCCCACACUAAAGGUGUCUUCGUUGUUAAAAUUACGGAUAACAAAAAGUGCCUGCAGUACAAAACUGAAGUUCAACAGGAUGUUAGAAAAAUAGAUAAGUUUAUAUCAAAUCUCAUACGGCAUAUGGCAUCAAAUGACAACUGAUGAGGUAGUUUUAUAAGGUUAAAUAAAUAUUUUAUAUUUA